CUGCCCCAUGAUGGAGGUGGAUUGGGCCCCAACCCAGCCCCAUUCGCAUCCAUGUGCGUGCGCUUUCUGACAUGUAUGGUGUUGUCGGUAUAUUUCAGGGGCGAGGUAGGAGUGGCCUUCACGCAUAAGCUGACCCGCUCAACAGCUUGGUCCGAAAGUUUAGCUCUGUCAAUUCAAUCGGAAACUAAUAUCACCCCCUCCUUGGUCCGUAUGUCGGAUGUCGGAGCAUGAUUUAUACCUGUGCAGAAUCCAAGAGGCAUCCAGUAGAAACCCAUCGUUCCAUAUCCAUUCCACAAACAUGGCGGCCACUCUCCGAAACCACAGAGGUGGGCUGGCGCUGCGAGGACCCAUGAUAGAUGACGCAGGGAGGGAAUUUGGGGCGCAUAUUCGGGAUUCAACUGGCACGCCAUACCACAUCACUCUCCUCACAAAAGAAGAGUAUCGCUCAAAAAUUCAAACCACUCCGACCAUUCCUGUAGAUCAUCUUUACUUCCUGGGCCUCGGCGGCGCGGAAGGGAGCGGCGUGUACUGGGUAGUGUGCACAUGGGCAGCCGGGGCGGCGUGGCGGAAGACGCUCAACCUUCCUCCAAAAGACUUCCACAUCACGCUCACGAGCAACGAUGUGCACAGCGUCGCCAAGGACGCGUCUUCGCUGCUGAACCCCUCCGAGCUCGUGGCGGCGUUUCCGAGCUUCCCUCCGGAGAAGCAAGACAAUGUGCUGCACCAUCUGCACAGCAUCCGCAGCGACCUCACGCUCCCGCUCGCGAUCCCGCGCGCCAUCGCCAACCCGGGCGCGGCGAAGGAUUUUUUGCGGGUGGGAGACGCGAGUCUGGGAGUGAAUCCCAAGCUGUCCAUGCUCGCGUACCAGCGCGCGCUGUUGCUCGACCCGUCCUCGCAGCGCUACGUCGAGCGUCGCCUCCGCAAGCUCAGUGCUCUCACUCAAUACGGCCCCAUGAUGACGGCUGCGGAACGCGAAACCAUCGCCUGCGACAUCCUCAUGGAACCGUGGUGCGCCGAAGCGCGUGAGAUCGGCCACCAUCUCUACCCUCUCGAGGCGCCACCCGCGGCGCUCGCUGUCGACUCGCGGGAGCGGCUAUGGUGCGGUGACUACGAGUUCCCGAGAUUCUUCUCCUGGAUCGUGCCCUUCUUCCUGGCCGGGAUGUCCACGCCGCGGAACGAGCGAGACGUAGAUGCACUCGCGGACCUCGGCAUCAACCGCGUCCUGACGCUCACCAAGGAGGAGCCGCUGCCGACGGCGUGGUUCCGGUACAAGGCGGUGCAGAACGUGUUCCUGCCGGUGGAGAAUUACAAGGCGCCCACGUUCAAGGAGGUGGACUACUUCCUCGACGCGGUGAAUGAGGAUGAGACGGUGUGGCUGGUGCACUGCGGCGCGGGGAAGGGUAGGGCGGGGACGUUCCUCGCGUGCUACAUCGCAAUGCACGGGUUCCAGAAGCCGGCGGCGGCGUCGUCCGGUGCGAAGCCGGUCCUCGAUGGGGGAACCGUGAUCCGGUGGCUGCGCGCGAUACGGCCGGGCUCCAUCGAGACCGCAGAGCAAGAGCGAUUCGUCGCGAGCUGGAUCAGCUACCGGUGGAAAUCCAAGGCAGAUGAGCUUCCGGAGCCAAUCGGCGCCAUGCGCGUCGAGGGGCGCCUGCUCGAGCGCGCGGCGCUCAUCCUCCUCGUCGGGCUGCCGGGGAGCGGCAAGAGCUGGCUGAGCGCCGCGCUCGCGAAGCGCGUCGGCGCGGAGGUUGUCUCGCAGGACGACAGCGGCUCCAGAGACGCGUGCGAGAGGGCGAUCUCGCGGUGCCGGAGCGGCAAAACGGCGAUCCUCGACCGCUGCAACGCGUCCCGCGACGAGCGCCGGCAGUGGCUGGCGCUCGCCGACGUCGGAGAGAGCGCCGUGGCCGUCUACUUCGACGUCGACGCCACGAUAUGCACCCAGCGAAUCAAUCGUAGGAUCCACCACCCGACGAUCCGACCUGGACGCUCCGACAACGCGAUGGCGCAGAUGCAGCGCCUCAUGAGCAAGCCAUCCCGCGACGAAGGCUUCGCUGCCGUCGUCACGGUCCCCUCAUUCCCAGCCGCGCGCGACGCCGUGCACGCGCUCGGCGGCACGCCGCCGCUGCGCAAGUUCCCGCGCACGCCGCACCUGAUCGACCUGGGCGCCGCGACGGGCGACGACCUCGUGGCGCCCUCGUUCCGCUCCUCCACCCCCUUCGUCGUCGUCGAGGAGAAGGUCGAUGGCGCGAACUUCGGAAUUUCCCUGGACUGUAACGAAACCCUCGUCGUUCAGAACCGGAGCCACACCGUGAACUCGCUCUCGCACACCCAGUUCCGCCCGCUCGACGCGUGGCUGCGCACGCACGGGCCCGCGCUCCGCGCGCUCCUCCUGCGCGACGCGCAGUUCCCCGAGCGUUACAUCCUGUACGGCGAGUGGCUCGUGGCGACGCACUCCAUCGCCUACCUCACGCUGCCCGAUAUCUUCCUCGCGUUCGACUUCUACGACCGCGUGACGGACACGUUCGCGUCACGCGACGCGCUCUCGCGGCUGCUGCACAACACGGGCAUCCAUCAGGUGCCGCUCGUCUGGAGAUCCGUGCAGGGCGUCACGCGGAACGAGCUCGUGGCUAUGGCGUCGCGGAAGUCGGCGUUCUACGACGGGCCCGUCGAGGGCGUGUAUGUCCGGUUCGAGGAUCCGGAGCGGAUGGUCACUGUGGAUCGCGGCAAGGUCGUGCGCGUGGAUUUUAUUGCUGGGAAUGAGCACUGGAACAAGGGCGGGUUGCGCCUCAACGCCAUCACCGAAUGCUCGUGAAACUGCGUCUCUUCCGUUCCCACGCUCGCAGGAUCUGAUUAUGAGUUCGUAAUCUGCGUCCUCAAGCUAAUUAUGAGUUCGUGAUCUCCGUCCUCAAGUUUGGCUUCAUGUGAGUUGAACAAGCAGGUUCAUCCUCGAGCUCAGCUUGAAUCAACUCCAUCCUCACGCUCUUACAGGAACUGAUUAUGAGUUCAUAAUCUGCAUCCUCAAGCUCUUGCAAGAACUAAUUAUGAGUUCAUGAUCUCCGUCCUCGAGUUCAGAUUUAUGUGAAUCGAACAAACAAGUUCAUCCUCGAGCUCAGCUUGAAUCAGCUCCAUCGUCAAGCUCAACCCUGGGCCCCUGGACCUUAAACCCUGGACUCCAUCCUCGGCUCUUGAGACUUGAUCUACUGCAUCUUCAAGUUCAAAAUUGGAUCCACAGGGAACUUUGGCCGGGUCACCAUGGGGUAACCUGCGAAGUCACCCACGGAUGGCCUGGCCCCAACGCACUCGGGCACAUGAGGCCGCGUGCGACCUGAACGAGGCACAUAUCGGGCCAUCACCCACCGCCAGGUGGACGAAUUAAAUUGUCUCCCUACACGCAUGUUCUGGCAAAUGUAAAAGAAAUCUUGAAGUUAUGAAAGUAAUGAGCAGUGUAUAUACCCUAAAGUGCAUGUGAUUAUUGAUGUAGAGAUGUCCAUGGUUUUGGAGGUAGUGAGCUCAAGAGAUGUUUGUGUGAUAAGUACGUUCUUUCUUUAUGCUUGCUUCAAUUUUCUUUUGGUUUUUGGUUGAAUUGUAAUUGAUGUAAAUUGUUUAUAAAAUUAUUUGUAAAGCCAUCCAAAAUUACAAUCAAA